AUGCUCUACUACUUCGAGAAUGGUUGGGAGGUGGCAGAGUCAUUUCUCUCAACGAACUCUUCGGCGAUGGAACAACCAGCCAAAGUCAAGAAAAGAAUGAGAUCUACUCGUAAAUCCGACAUAUUCACCGAUACAAACUCCUAUGAUGGUCACGUCAACCGUUCGUUGAAUAAUUGGCUAGGGAACAGAACUCACGACGAUUUGGAUGACCUGUUGACCGAUGUCAAAAUGUGGAUAGCCUUCAAGAAUCGAAACUUCUUCGCCUGUGGAAUCCGACUACCUAUCAAAUGGGAAGCAGUGCUUAACGCAUAUGGUGGCUACUUUCAGAGAAAUCAUUAA